UGUAACAUGGCUAUAUACAGAAUUUAGACACAAAUAUCAGGGCAUGUCCCUGUACAAGAACUAUAAAACCCACCAGUUAGGAUGUCUCUGACUUUGGCAUGGACAGACAAAUGAAAAAUAAGAGGACAAGAGGAGCUGCCCCUUCUUGUGUACUCUGUGCAAAAUGAGAGGAAAGAGCAGUCCAUGCAUCAGGCAAGGCUGAAGCAGAUAGAUGCCUUGCAUGCUGAGCCAUGGAAACCUCCCUGAAGAAGGCAAAGCAAUGAAAUAUCAAGGUACACUUUCCCUAUUUCUUCUUUGAGCUUCUGGAGCCUCUAAGCAGCAAAACUCAGGCUGCACCUGGCCUCCUUACUUCAAUUCAAGGGAGCAUAGUCAGGCAAAAAAGGUCCGGGCUGGCAAUGACUUGCACAGGAAGAGGCAGCACAAGAGCCCUUACUUCUUUUUCUUUGGAUGGUAAUGAUUAAAAUAGCUGAUAAAAUGCAAGACCAUGCAUGGAUAGCCUGGGAUCAUAGAAGCAGCCUGAUGCCAAGGAACUGUGUUGAGAUUUAACCAGAGAUGGGCUCCUUUUACAAGAUUGCUUAUAUAAAGCAAAGAUAACACCAGCUGAGUUCAUUUGAAAGAGGAAAUCUUGGGAAGAGCCACCGGCGCAGCGAUUGGAAUAAGACUGGAAUGAAAAUCUGAAAUACUCAGCCUAUUCCUAUCUCAUCAUUGCAAGAAAUGGUGAUUCUCACUAUUUAUCUGCUGGUCAUCUUGGCUCAAGCUCUUGCGGGGCCUUGCAAUCCAAAUAAAGCAGAUGCAAUUCUGGUCUACUGCUAUCCUAAAACCAUCAUUACCAGAAUUCCAGAGUGUCCUUAUGGAUGGGAGGUUAAUCAACUGGCACUGGGAGGAGUUUGCUACAAUGGGAUCCAUGAUUCAGGAUAUUACCAAUUCACAAUCCCAGACCUGUCACCUAAAAACAAAUCCUACUGUGGGACACAGUCAGAGUUCAAGAACCCCGUUUAUCACUUCUACAACUCCAUUGUCUCCAAUGACACCUCAAUAAUCGUGAAGAGUCAGCCUGUGAACUACUCCUUCACCUGCACAUACAAUGCCAACUACCUGGUGAAUCAGGCUGCCUUUGACCAGAGGGUGGCCACCAUCCACGUGAAGAAUGGAAGCUCUGGUUCAUUUGAAAGUCAGUUGUCCCUCAACUUCUACUCCAAUGCCAAGUUUUCAAGUAUAAAAGAAGCCCCUUUCAUCGUUGAGACAUCAGAAAUUGGUUCUGACAUAUUUGCUGGAGUGGAAGCUAAGGGCUUAAGUGACAGGUUCAAAGUUGUUCUCAACAACUGCUGGGCAACUCCCUCCUCAGAGUAUUUCUACCAGAUCCACUGGCCUCUGAUAACCAAGGGGUGUGCCACAGACACCUCCAUCCUCGUGCACGAGAACGGGAAAACAAACCGGGCGACUUUCCAGUUCAACGCCUUCCGCUUCCGUAAUAUCCCCAAGCUGUCCAAGGUCUGGCUGCACUGUGAGACACAUGUCUGUGACAGUGAGAAGUUCUCCUGCCCCGUGAUAUGUGACAGACGAAAACAACACAUGGAGCAAACUGGAGGUGUUUUAGUGGCAGAGAUCUCUGUACGCAGCAAAGGUAUAUCCAGAUUUUACACACUCUCAGAAAUCAUCUUCCACCUACUCUUUGCGAUUGGAUUUUGUGCUGCUUUACUAUAAAACACAUCACAGCCGUGUUUCUAAACUUUUCCCACUCCUGGUUGAACUGGACUUCUCUACUAGAGGUGUUUAUUUUACAGAGAAAAACCAAAAGUCACAAAAAAUCAUUGUGCAUCAUUUUACCAGAUAAAUAAAACAUUCCAUGAGC